AUGGCCGGAAAUGCAUGGCAAGCAUAUAGCCUGGUGAUUCGCAGUUGUGUGGCGUGCUUUGUCGAGGCGGCACAGGUAAAGGUGGAGGACGUGCCGGAGAUGGACUUCGACGUCUGGGUCUGUUUCGUCCCAGCGAUCACCUCCUUCUUCUUUUGCUUCACGGCGUCCUUGGGCAUGAACUUGAUGCGAAGACCCAUUCCGGGCUUAGCCUUGCUCUACAUCGUUUGCGCGUCCAUUCUGGUGGCUUUCCAAGCCGAGUUCCUACAAGCUUUGGCAGAACUGCGAUCGCUGGAGGACCCACGGAUUCAAUCGGCGGUCUUCGAUUCUGGAAAGCUCUUCAAGGAAGGGUCGAAAGCCUUCGACUAUGUCUGGGAAAAGGAAGGCUGCCAGCUGAUCGUCCCGAUCUCACAGCGGGCUCAGCUCGCCAACUUGACCGAUCUGGCGUCCAUCAUUGAUGGCCCAACUGUGGCGCCUCUGCAGAACGUGGCCUUGCGAUGCUUGGAACGACCUCUGAGCCCAGCCUCCUUCCUGGCACGAAAGGUAGCACAGGAGGCGGUUGCCUAUCCCCCCUGCGUGGUGUUGCACCGCGCCCGCGCGCGGUCGUCAUCCCAAGAAGGUCGGCCACGCUCGGGCUCGUCUCGAGCCUCGUCUCGACGCUCAUCCCGCGGACCGCGCGGCGCCGCGCUGGCGCCGCUGGCGCGAGAACGAAGUCCUGAACGUUUCGAUGUGCCGGAGCAGCAUAAAUCCAGCUGGCUACCGCGUGAAUUUGAGGGCCUGCGAAGGGGCCAAUCAGCCAGGCCAUUCGAAAACUCAGAGGAACUGUUGAUGGCUCCGGCUUGUUUGAUGCGCGGAAGCCACCUACCAGGUAGAAUACCGAAUUCCGGCUCUAUGCCUGCUCUGCCAGAGGGCUCUCCAAGGCGUGUGAAACAGGCCCAGACUCUGCUGUCUUUGGUGGCCGAUUCCAGGCCCGGUAACCACAAGAGGGAUCCACAUGUUGCGCAAUGCCUGCAAGGAAUUGCACGGCGUACUGCGAUGGUGACCAAGGGGGCACGACAAAUUGCGGAGAUGGGCUACGAAGAAGAAGAACUACCUAGUCGCCGUUUUUCGCCAAAUUGCGCCAUGGCUGUUUUUGAGGUCUCUGAUGCCGUGAAUCCGGACACCUUGGAGGCAUUCCAAAUCCAGCAGAAUCCAGAAGAACUGCAGGAUAUCUCCAGGUAUUUGAGAGCACCCAGGUGCAACGAGCCAUUGACUCUGAAGGCUUCGCUUUUCCCUUCCAUUGUACAGGAAUUCUGCCUAUCUCAAGAUUCUCGAAGCUUCAAGGGACGAGUGCAGUCCUGCCAAACGGCCGGCCUCGAGCUGCUGUGGGAAAACACGGAUUCUGCAGAUCGGAACUCCCUAUAUUGUAGCUGCUGGGUGGCCGUCUUUGACUUGAUUGAGUCUGUGUUCCUUUUCACUUCUUCGAUGCUUUUGAGCUAUUGGACGGCGGUGCUCUGUGUGUUGUACGUGGCCGUAGAGCCCUGCUUGCUGAAGAGGGGAGCCGCAGGUCAGUUGGAGGCGAGGCCGUUAUGGGAUGAAAAGGGGAGUGAACAAACAGAGAUAUCCAGAAAAGUUAGGGGAUUGAACAUCGAAGAAUGCUGA